CAAUAUAAAAGGAUAAGCAAUUCCUAAAAAGACCAGCCAAAGUUCUUCUUGGUAAUAAUUUCCACUUCUAUACAAAACAUAUAUAAAUUAAAAUGUGUCAUAUAUAAGCUCCCAAACGUUUUGGAGAGUGGAAUAUUGUGUGCAGCAAUAAUAUUAUUGAGCUUACAAAUGAAAUUGUGAGUUUCGACAAUACAUUACCAAAACAGUUUUAUCAUAGCUUUUUCCCAGCUAAACAGAACCUAGUUCCCUCUGUUUAUACAGGUAAAAUUAUAAAUAAGAGCCUCGAUCCUUUUCAGGGCGCCUGGGAUGACGCUUACGAGCGAUGCUGCUCAAUUGGGACUGAUUUAAUAUCAAUUCACAAUCCAAAUAAACAAAAUUGUUUGGAGCGGCCGUCCGGUUCGCUAAAUUUUUCAUAAAAUUAUCAAUUUAGUAUUAAUUUUUGUAAUUCGUCCUUUUCAAUUUAGUUUUUAUGCCUGGCAUAAGCAAAGACUAUAGGUUGAAGCUAGCUGGGCAAUUCUGGACAUCAGGAAGGGACACUGAAUCUUGUCGUGGAAAAUUAAGAUGGUGCACUCGGUAUCUAAACGAUUUUAUCAAGAAAGACAUAGUUUGGAAAGCAGGAGUGGAUCCGAAAUCAGCGAAUAACUCCUGCGUUUACAUUGAUUUUGGUGAUCCAUCGGAUCCUAAUGUUGGUUUACCGAGCUUAGGAUUGGCUGACUGUUCGGAAAAAAAGAAGAUAUUGUGCGAAGCAGUAUCAGGAGUGGGGUACAAAUCGAUGAUGCAUUCACACUUUUGCAGACUGAGUUUUAACGUUAAAGAAGAUGAAUCAAACCAAAUCUGGGAAACUGGAGAUUUUACGAAGACUAGCUUUCGAGCGAAACAAAUGAUACAAUGCCUAGCGGAACACAUUGGAAUAGUGUACAACUCGACGAAAAUUAAUGAUCACGUAUAUUUCAAUAUGAUGUCUAGGAUGUUUUUUCCCAUUGACGAAGAAGCAUUCAAUCAAUCAAGAACGGAAAAAAUGAAAAUUAUGGAAUCGCUUGGAAUUAAAUACAGCAUGAAGAAGAAUAUGGCUCUCGGUUUUAAUUUAAUGCAUGACCUGUUUGAUGACCACUUCUCUGCCCACUUUCAACUUGCCACUGAUAUGAUCAACAGUCUUUUCAACUGUAGGAGCAUUGAAAGUAUUUAUGGCUUUUAUUGUUUCAAUUCUGGAUGGAAUUUGUUUUUUUUUCGCUUAGAGAAAAACCAGGAUAUUUUCGCUUUUGAUUUUCUGCAGUGCCUCCUCAAGUCAAACGGGCUUGAUCGCUUUUGGAACUCUUAUAAUUUCCAGCUAGAGCCGUUGACAGCAAUUCCAGCGGAGAGAGAGUUAGUCUCAGACUGCCAGACAUUCAGAGGCUUUCUUCAGAGUAGGAAAUUCUGCAUACCUCCUAAUUUUGUGACCAACAUUGAAAGUACAUCUGGAAUUAUCUACGUUACACAAGGAACUAUCAAUAUCAAAAAAAUGGAAACGUCAUCAGUUAUGGCCUGCUUAGACAGAAGAGGAUCACUACCCUACGCCACAAGCAAGGAAGAGUUUGAACUUUUGUACUUGUAUUUUAGAGGUGUGGCGCCAAACUUAAUAAUCAUAUGGGACCAAGCGUACGCUUCAUGGGACGGCACUUACGUUUGGUGUCGCAGCGAUGUCAACCCUUUAGAUUUCUUUGAGAGAGUUGCAGUUCCAUCCGAGAUUACAGUGAACGGCACAACCCAACAGAGCCCAAUGAUGCUGAUAUCAUUGCCCGGCCCUGAACCGAAUUUGCAUGCAGCGCCCGUUACUGAGGAGCUGCUGUACGAAGUUGAUGUCUUCUGCCGGUUUCCUUCAUCAGUUGUGGCAGAAUGUAAAGCCAAAACUGAUGCACCUCAUUGGGAAUUUUAAUUGUCAUUUUGUCAAAAAUUUCAUUUUACCGUAAUUUUUUUUAUCAAUUGAACUAACGUGAUAAACAUAAACCUUAAAAUAACUGGAAGCCGCAAUUUUCUUCACUUUCGGGUUUGGUUACAUGGUAUUUACUAGACCAAAAAUCCGAGAAAUUCACCGUCAAAUAAUUAUCUCGGAUGAGGCUGGUAUCUCAUGGAUUGUGGCAUGCAGAUGCGACCCCCACGAGGUUUUUAGAGAGUGCGAGCGUUAUGCAACCAGCGCUGUACGUGUGUUUCAAAUGCUGCCUAGUUACAAAAAAGCAGUGGUUUUUGUUUCAUUAAAAAAGAUAUUAUUAAAAUGAUUAUACAAUAUAUACACCAGGGAGGGGCAAUGCAGGCAAUUUUCGAGAGGAGUGAUGGAAUUUUGAUAAAUUAAAUAAUCCGAAAUUCCCGGUAAAUUGAAUUACGUAAAUUACGUGUUUUUACGUUUAUAGGAAUAUCAAAAAAUAUUGUAAGGACUGUCAUUCAAUUCAAGCAGAUGAUAAUUUUUGGGUUAAAAAUGU